AACAUGGCAGUUGCAGCCGCCGUACACGGCGGUUAUCUUCCCUCCAAAUUCCGCAGCAUCUCUCAAAAAACAGUCUCCCAAAGCAAACCAACGCCGCCGCCACUAUUCAUUUCCACAAACCCUAACGACGUAAUCCCGAAUCACCUUAAAAACCUCUAUUCCUUAUGCAACCAUUCGUGUCACCGUUUUCCAAAACUGAACUCAGAAGGUAGAGUUGAGCCGGUGGAUCUGAACAAGCUUCAAAAAGCGUUACGUCAUAGUUACGUCGUCGUUUCAGUAUUUACCCGACCCGACUUUGUCCCCGGUUUGGUACCCGAAUUGGCUCCGAGUUUAACGGGUAUUGGUGGAGAUUGGAUUGGAAAAGUGGUGCCUGUGACGCCGGGUAAUGGAGAAUUGGUUGGUUUUGGACGUGCUGUUUCUGAUUCUGGAUUGACAGCUGCUAUCUAUGAUGUUAUGGUCAUCCCUUCACUACGAAGAAGAGGCAUUGGCAGGAAGAUAGUUCAAAGGAUGAUAAGGAUUCUUGCGAACCGAGACAUUUAUGACAUAGCAGCCCUCUGCUCUGAUCAAGAGAAGCCAUUUUUUACAGCAUGUGGAUUUGGAGAUGAUAUACUGGCCUCCACUACAAUGAUGUAUACUAGGUCUGCUUCUGCUGACUCGGAAGGUGAGAUGGUAAAAUAUGCAGGUAAAAAGCUAUUACUAGUUCCUUCACUAAGAGGGAACCUUAAAACGUGAUCUCUAAUUUUAUGAUCAAGUAAUGAUCAAUGGAGUUGAAAUAUCUUCAUGUAACUUCCGGCAGACUACAAUUGCAAUUGUCAUUGUCACGUUGUAUAUCAGUAAGUUUCAUUUGAACAACGUCCUUGCCCUCCCUCUUCCUGUGUAUUGUUAGUAAUUUAUUACUUCACUAGCCAAAUUUGUGAAGAUUGUCUUGCCCAACCCCAGAGUGCCAAGUCAGUUUUGGACAGAAGAAAAGUGGAAAAACUAAAGCUGAAAGGUGAUGCUUACUACUUAUUUUAUAGGGAUGAAUCAUUUUAGAUCUGGUAAUUUUCAGAUUGGUGUAAUACAUGUUGUACAGUAAAUCUCUAUUCUUAGGUGGACUAUGGACUAUGAUGUGUAAUUGCAGUACAGGCUUUUACUGAAUAGAUAAUACACUUCUUUGUGGACCCUGAAAUCAUUCUUUUGUCGCUGUUAUAUUGCAAGUCUUUGACUGCUUUUCUCAUUCCCAUCUAGGUGAGAUGGAAAUUUGAGCCUUAAUAUAGGGAAAAAUUGACGAGGAUUAGUCUUAAAUUGAAAAUAAUUUAAAGUAAUUUAGCAUAAAACUAAGAUAAGCUUGCAAUGAUGCAGCACAGCUGCAUUUUUUCCCAUCAUCACUUUCACUAAGGAAAGAACCUUUGAGCAGGCGCGAAUUCUCUCGACAUUUUGAAUCAACAUAGAGGAAAGCUUUGGAAAAACCAAGUUCUAAAUGCUUGUUGAUACUUAAUCAGAUCUCCAAGAUUUAUCGAUCUUCACAGUAUAUAGCCCGUUUUUUCUCAGAGAGAAGCUCCUGAGGACCGCAACUGUGAUUUUGAAAGAGUUUUUGGACAAGUACUUAAGAAUUCUGAGGUUUUGAAGUAGUGGAGAUCUUUCAAUUGUGGAAAAAGAACUCGAGCAAACCUCGGGGAUUUAUUGUUCUCUCGAUCAGAAUUAUGGAAUAAAGUGUAGAACCCAGUUCAUACGCAGGCACAGGUGAUAACGAGGGAUUAAGCUUGUGGAUGUGGAUCAAAGAAGCUUGGCUUUGCUCCACAACCGCAAUCUUUAGCAACAGCAGCACAAAGUGCAAGACCUGAUUUUGGAGUGGGAAUAAGCUAAGUUGCUCGGACUCGGGUGCAAGUGUUCGAUACGGGUGAGUAUCUAGAGGCCGGAUCCUUAGAUAAUAUGAAAUUUAUUGUACUUAAUUAAUAUAGCAGAUCUGACCACAUGGAGAAUAGACAGAUUAAAACAAACUGACACAUCUUGCUAGAAAUGUUGAACCAUUAAAGGAAAUACAUAAUGAAACAACUGCUACUAAAAAGUAAUGUAUUGGGAAUCUUA